AUGGCAUUAUCGAGUCAAAGAAACAAAACUUUGCUUCUCGGGAUGUGGAUUUUUUUCUGUGUGGUUUAUGGCCAAAGCGAAGGUAAGCAAUGAGUUAGAAAUUGUUUAUUUAAAGAAGAUAUAUCUUUCUAGAAUGACUUCCGUUCUUUCUCACUUUAGCUCCCCAUAUAGAGGUUUACUUUACUUAAAUGGCUUUUAGCUGACUCGAGAUGAAUGAAAACGCAAAGCUUUGAGUGCGAUAUUCGCCAAGAUGCUACCAAUUAUCUUGUCUAAAAUCUACGCAGAUAGAAGCUCUGUUAAUUCUGAAGGCACUUCAACAAAUUAUUUGAGGCGAUUUCGCAAAUCAAGGCCUUCGUGAAUUUGAUAAUUUUGUAAACAAUACUUGACUACUUCGAACGCAAACAGUGUGCCCAUACGCGGCUAUAUGAUUUUUAGGGCCAUUUGCUUCUUUGAUAAAUGAUAUUUGACGAAUGUAAUCAUCAUUGCCUUUCAUCGCAGUCGUCUUAGCUUACUUUUCACAAACGAGUGCGUAUAAAUGAACUUUCUUUGUACAAACGUGUUGCUACGCGCUCGAAACUAAUCGUUCGAUUUAAUAAAUGAAUGCUUUCUCGAAGCAAAUCUGAAUUAACCUAAUUAUCAUUGCUAUCUUCGUUAUUUCUUAUCAUACACGCUUGUGUGGCCUUAAUGAUGACCCAGACCUGGUCUCUACGCUUAAGCGGGAGUGAUGUUUGUUGAAUAGCUUAGAAAUGGACACCGCAUUUGCGGAAUAACCUACGCGAAAAGCCGAUGAAAAAAAAUUAUCUUCCGGGCAUUAUUUUCACUGGUUUACCGUGGAAUCACGAAUUGCGACACAUCGAAGAGGCAAGGGUUGUUCUCAUUCUUAACAGAUAAAACACAUGAUUUUCAUGCUGAAAGGUCGCACGUUGACGUUCGAGUACGUGAACUCGCUAGUUUGCGUGAUUACAAAGAUCUCGCUUUAAUAUCCAUCUUUUGAAGCCCGUAAUUGACAAACCGUAAGUCCAAUACCGGACAAAUUUAGCAGUUCGUUCGUCGGGGACUCGGUUAUAUUAGUCUUGGAUAUUGUACCUCGAAGUAAAUCAGGAUUUCAAGACUUCAGCUCGCUCGAAAAAUGAUAUCCUCGUUGACAACAAUGGCCCAGCAUGUGAUUGCAUAUUCCUCCUUUUUUUAUUAUUUCGACGUAAACAUCAACAGACUUGUUCGUUUAGCAUAGUACACCGGGAAAAUAAGUUCGAAAAGUACUUUUUUAGUAGGUCAAUUUAAAAGUCACCUGGUAAUUGAAUUUUUUUUAAAAGAGUUCCAAAAAAAUAACGAUAAUUUUAGUCAUGACUGAGAUUUUACACCUCCGCUGUGCUGAGUUGGUGUUUAGAUCUGUUUAGCCUCAGGCUUAGGGAUCAUAAAUCUAGGGUGAUGGAAAUUUUUUGUAUCACGUUUUUUCAUCAACAAUCCCACUUUAUUAUUGCUUCGAAUAAAAAUAUUUAGACUCGAGGUAAAGAGCACAAGAUAUCGAGCGUUGAGCAAAAACUUGGUAAUACACGUUUUAUCGCUAGAAUGCCGAAGCUUCAAUACUAAGGGUAAAGUUAUGCAUUUGCAACGCUAUUUAGAGCACUGAGUGCCGAGUAUUUUGUUAAAAAAUAUUCAAAUGCUUUUAAGAUCAUCAUUAAGGCACACAUCAGAUUUAUGCUUAAGUUGAUAAGAUUUCGGCUUUCGAUAUUUUUUUAACCUGGAGAUAACAAAGCAUGAAUGUUUGCGACAAGUUCUAGCUGUAUAGUUUUUCAAUCUUGACUGUGAUCAUAUAGAGGAAUGCGUUUCGGAAACGUUCCCUCUCCGCGAAAAUAUUAGGUAUACUUCUUUUACGUAUUAUUUUACUCAUUCCACGUUUUUUGAGAAACAAUGGGUAUGUGAAAGAAUAUUCCAUUUUUUCCGGUCUGCCUCUCGCUGCGGUUAAGACACAAAGCCACCGCUAGAAUAUUCAGUUAUUUGGGUUAAUAAAGUACGAAUAUAAAUUAAGGUCAACAUCUCUGUAUAAUUAUUUUAAAAAGCUCAAAAUUCAUCACGUCUGAGAAAACUUCUUUUGUUUUCUAGAACGAUCAAAUUUUACCACCAAUGGAAUUGUGGUUAAAAGUUAGUGGACUAGUGGCCCGGGGGGUUUCUCAACAAAGUGUUAAGUGGGGAGGCCCCACCCCGAGGUCCUACCCCCUGACUCAUUUCGCGGCAUACCUUCUGAAACCAGAAAUUUUUCUCAACUUUUUCACAGCAUUGAAAUGCACGUGUUAGCUACAAACCGAAAUUACAGAUUUUGCCACCCUUUAAUAAACCUGAAACCUUAAAAAGGUACGCCUUUUGGAUGGAGUCUCCCCAUAUCAAGAGCUCCUGCCCAUAUAUAAGACCAUUUUAGGGCGUACCCUCCCCCCCCCCCUGGACUGGUGUUGGCGUGGCACAAGUACAUGUUAGGCUUGUUAGCUAAGGUGCUGGUAGUGGGUGGAAAAGUCAUCUCUUGAGAAUUUCCGAUCACAAAGAGAUUGUUUUAUAAAAACUUCCUGAGGAGGCAGAGCUUGAACUAUUUAUGGAACAGGGGAGCUAUUCUAUUUCAUCUUUGUGGCCAUUUGAUAUGUUUCAGUAUAACGUUUCAUGUACAAUGUACAUUUACACCUCUUCGCCACCAUUUCACUGUUUUACUUUCAAUAAUCUCCAUAUGGCAAUCAGAUGCUUCUACAGUUAUGAUUUUCUAUUCUUCUACCUUUUCAUAAAGAAUACAGUAAGAUUUUCCAUUUUUAAAGCAACUUAUAAACACUAUUAAAUUUAAACUCGAACUAAUCUCUUUAAGAACCUUUACCCCCUCUCUGUAAUUAAGGGACCCUUUUAUGGUCAUCUUAUCCAUAGAUCUAUCAACAGCAUUUAUCAUUACAAAUAGAGAUCUAACGUCUAGUACCAGUGUAUAAGACCUCCUUUCUAUCAAGUUUUAGCACAAUACCCUAGGAUGCAUUAUUCAACUGGGUUAACAUAAACUAGACUGGUCAAAACCGUGACAUGAAGUUAUUUUCUGGGUGUGAAUAUGAUCUAACCUGGUGUUAAGUUACGUCGGCGUCCUACUGUCCAUAUUAUUCUCCAAAACCUUUCAACAACAUCUUUGUCAAAUAGUCAUUGAUUUGGUUCUGCAUGUGAUAUAUUAGUAAAUUGUGUCUUUGCUAUGGUACGUGUACCUUUGUCCUACCAUCCUGCUUACACUUGUCCAAAGCUAAAAAUCAACUGCAAAUUACAUUUUUCUAAAGGUCAAACUUACAGAUAACUUGUGAUAGGUUUGUUUUAUCAGCAAAGCAAAACAACUGCUCUCUAAAGAUUAACGAAUUGAUUUUGUUUUUUUCAUCAUUAAUUUCAGUCAUCAUCUAAUUUUAGCAUAAGGAUGUAAAAAUUAGGUGAGAUGCCUGUCGGCCUGCUUUUGCUGUAGAAAGAGCUGAGUGAAAAUUAGAGUGCAGGCAGACUCACUUGUGUAAGUUUGAGGAAAAUUUUGGUGAGAGCCACCAGCACUUGUACUUGCAGAGGAGAAAAAUGGGGUGAGAAUAUUUUCCCCAAAACUCAUACAAUGGCUGUGAGCUAAGUCAGAAUCAACAAAAGAAUGCUAACACAUUCAUUAAGAGCUAAAUUUUUUGGAUGAUUCUAUUCCUAAAAACUCUUAAAAUAACAUAAAUUCUCUACAUCUAUCAGAUUUUCUACAAAACUUGCAUUAUCUCUCUAAAACCAGGUCUUAAUUAAAAUAUGUAGUCCGCCAGACUGGCUCUGUACUGUAGCUGCACAUAUCUGAUUGCAUACAACUUAAUACUUUCAUUAAUUAAUAAUAUUGAUUAUUAAUUAAUGCAUGUUGACUUAAUGACACAAGGCGUGGUUCAAAAAUUGGAUUUCACAUGUGCCAAAUCUAAUGCAAAUAAGCAAGAACAUGAGACUAUUUUUUCUCAUUUGCAUAAUAUUUGCACAGGGUGAAAUCCAACAUUCAUCAGAACAACUGAAAAAAAUAUGUCAGAUCUAUUUUUUUGUUGUGGCAAUUACAUUGCAUGCUCUGUCAAUGCAUUACUUGAAUUUGGGAUUAUAGUUUGAGUUUGUUUACUCAAGGAUUAAAGAUAGUUUGGGAUGGAAGAGAUUAUCACACAGUACAAAUAACACAAAAUGUUUGCAUGAAGCUGAGAACAUUAGCAGGGGUCUUUUUAAAUAAUAUUAUACAUAUGGCUUGUUAGUGAAUAUUAAUUUUGAUAUAUCUCUCAUUUUCUGUACACUGAUCAAUAAGUGUAGUACAGUCCGGACAUGAUCAUGUAAGGUAAAUUAAGUCAUGUAUACACUGUAGAAGGCAGAGCUAAUUAGGAGACACCACCCUGGAUUAGUGCCGCCCAACAGUAUUCCCUGGUGUCUUCUAGGCCACACCUGUCAAGGGACACAGGGGCUCACAGUAAGUCAAGACAUGGGGAAAGAAAAGCAAGCAUGAGGAGAAUUUCUUUUUGCAUGUCUCAACUAACUGACAGCCCAUUCUAAGCUAACAUUAUUAAAGAAAAUUCUCAGAGAGCAUGGCCUCUAAACUAGACUAACUUAACUCUUUCACAAAAUUAUAUUUUUGUAAAAUUUUACAUCGUCAUUAUUUUUAUACUGAUUAACAAUGUGGAAUUCAUAGGGUGUGGGGGACCAGAGUAAUUGAACCUAAUAACUUACAUUGUAUGACACAGAGCACAUUGACCAUGCUUUCACAGUUUAUGCUUGCAGAAGCAUGAUGUCACCAAAAAGUCUCAUGAAUGAUUUAAGCAGAGAUAAGGUUUAUGUUUAGGAGAGAAUGAAAAUUCUCUCAACCAGCUUACAAUUAUAGAUAUAACCACUUAAUCUGUGAAAAUCCAAUUUGAACUGACUUAUGGUCUGAAAGAAGAAAGCUCUCGUAAGUGACCAAUUUUACGAUAAAUACCUGACGGGUCUUACAACUGUAUGCCUUUGUUUUUUAAAUUCCCAUAAUUGACCACUCAGUCAACACAUAAACUGAAUAAAAGCAUUUUUGUUGUUAUCAUAAUUAAGGGUAAUAGGUGUACUGAUGCAGCAAUAACAUAAGCAGCAAUGGUUCAUUGACUUUUUGGCAUGCAUGUGAACUUUCCACACAAAUAUUAAAAAAACCCUUUCCAAUACCAUAUUACAACACCAUCGGUAAUUGACCACUGUUUCACUGUAUGUCACUUACCUAUGUUUUGACUUUAAUAAUAUUCUGUUUCUGAAUGUUGCUAUUUGUGCUUAGAUGUACUAGUUUCUUAUAGAGGACACACUGAUUAUGUAAUCACAAUUCUAGACUACAUAUCCUUUAUUCCCGCCAAAUAGUCAAGCAAGCAGAAUAUGCCAAUGCAUGUGAAAAUCCCAGCUCACAUGGAACGUUAACUUCCUCACAGCUGGUGAUUUUGAUGCACAAUCUUAAAAUAAUAUUAGACAAGCUGAUUACAUACAUUGUAUUAAUCACUUCUAGACUGUGAGUUCAUGUCCUAUCCAAAGUGCAUAAUGGUUACACACUUCAUAUACCUUAAAUUUAUAAAUACCAAAAAUGCCAAAAAAAAAAAACAAAACAAUAAGAACACAUAGAAGGAGAAAGGAUGUUAGAAUUUAGGACAUGUGCCUUCAAUUAUGUUGAACAACAAAGUAAGGUGAGCACCACAAAGGUGCCGCUUAAUAUAGAUUUCAUGCAAAUGGUCACGCUUCAGGAUUUCAUCCUCAGACUCAAAUAUUACAAGCACCUUUUACACUUUCACAUGAACUUGUAGAAAUACAGUACACAGGGUGCAAAGAAUCGAACUAAUCUCUUUAAGAACCUUUACCCCCUCUCUGUAAUUAAGGGACCCUUUUAUGGUCAUCUUAUCCAUAGAUCUAUCAACAGCAUUUAUCAUUACAAAUAGAGAUCUAACGUCUAGUACCAGUGUAUGAGACCUGCUUUCUAUCAGGUUUUAGCACAAUAACCUUGGAUGCAUUCUUAUUCAACUGGGUUAACAUAAACUAGACUGGUCAAAACGCUGAUAUGGAGUUAUUUAUUUACUGUGUAUGAAUAUGAUCUAAGCUGGUGUUAAGUUACGUUGGCGUCCUACUGUCCAUAUUAUUCCCUAAAACCUUUCAACAACAUCUUUGUCAAAUAGUCAUUGAUUUGGUUCUGCAUCAGUAAAUUGUGUCUUUGCUAGGGUACAUGUACCCUUGUCCUACCAUCCUGCUUACACUUGUCCAAAGCUAAAAAUCAACUGCAAAUUACAUUUUUCUAAAGGUCAAACUUACAGAUAACUUGUGAUAGGUUUGUUUUAUCAGCAAAGCAAAACAACUGCUCUCUAAAGAUUAACGAAUUGAUUUUGUUUUUUUCAUCAUUAAUUUCAGUCAUCAUCUAAUUUUAGCAUAAGGAUGUAAUAAUUAGGUGAGAUGCCUGUCGGCCUGCUUUUGCUGUAGAAAGAGCUGAGUGAAAAUUAGCCUGCAGGCAGACUCACUUGUGUAAGUUUGAGGAAAAUUUUGGUGAGAGCCACCAGCACUUGUACUUGCAGAGGAGAAAAAUGGGGUGAGAACAUUUUCCCCAAAACUCAUACAAUGGCUGUGAGCUAAGUCAGAAUCAACAAAAGAAUGCUAACACAUUCAUAAAGAGCUAAAUUUUUUGGAUGAUUCCAUUCCUAAAAACUCUUAAAAUAACAUAAAUUCUCUACAUCUAUCAGAUUUUCUACAAAACUUGCAUUAUCUCUCUAAAACCAGGUCUUAAUUAAAAUAUGUAGUCCGCCAGACUGGCUCUGUACUGUAGCUGCACAUAUCUGAUUGCAUACAACUUAAUACUUUCAUUAAUUAAUAAUAUUGAUUAUUAAUUAAUGCAUGUUGACUUAAUGACACAAGGGGUGGUUCAAAAAUUGGAUUUCACAUGUGCCGAAUCUAAUGCAAAUAAGCAAGAACAUGAGACUAUUUUUUCUCAUUUGCAUAAUAUUUGCACAGGGUGAAAUCCAACAUUCAUCAGAACAACUGAAAAAAAUAUGUCAGAUCUAUUUUUUUGUUGUGGCAAUUACAUCGCAUGCUCUGUCAAUGCAUUACUUGAAUUUGGGAUUCUAGUUUGAGUUUGUUUACUCAAGGAUUAAAGAUAGUUUGGGAUGGAAGAGAUUAUCACACAGUACAAUAACACAAAAUGUUUGCAUGAAGCUGAGAACAUUAGCAGGGGUCUUUUUAAAUAAUAUUAUACAUAUGGCUUGUUAGUGAAUAUUAAUUUUGAUAUAUCUCUCAUUUUCUGUACACUGAUCAAUAAGUGUAGUACAGUCCGGACAUGAUCAUGUAAGGUAAAUUAAGUCGUGUAUACACUGUAGAAGGCAGAGCUAAUUAGGAGACACCACCCUGGAUUAGUGCCGCCCAACAGUAUUCCCUGGUGUCUUCGAGGCCACACCUGUCAAGGGACACAGAGCACAUUUUUCACAGUUUAUGCUUGCAGAAGCAUGAUGUCACCAAAAAGUCUCAUGAAUGAUUUAAGCAGAGAUAAGGUUUAUGUUUGGGAGAGAAUGAAAAUUCUCUCAACCAGCUUACAUUUAUAGAUAUAACCACUUAAUCUGUGAAAAUCCAAUUUGAACUGACUUACGGUCUGAAAGAAGAAAGCUCUCGUAAGUGACCAAUUUUGCGAUAAAUACCUGAUGGGUCUUACAGCUGUAUGCCUUUGUUUUUUAAAUUCCCAUAAUUGACCACUCAGUCAACACAUAUAUUGAAUAAAAGCAUUUUUGUUGUUAUCAUAAUUAAGGGUAAUAGGUGUACUGAUGCAGCCAUAACAUAAGCAGCAAUGGUUCAUUGACUUUUGGGCAUGCAUGUGAACUUUCCACACAAAUAUUUAAAAAAAAUUCCUUUCCAAUACCAUAUUACAAUGCUGUCGGUAAUUGACCACUGUUUCACUGUAUGUCACUUACGUAUGUUUUGACUUUAAUAAUAUUCUGUUUCUGAAUGUUGCUAUUUGUGUUUAGAUGUACUAGUUUCUUAUAGAGGACACACUGAUUAUGUAAUCACAAUUCUAGACUACAUAUCCUUUAUUCCCGCCAAAUAGUCAAGCAAGCAGAAUAUGCCAAUGCAUGUAAAAUCCCAGCUCACAUGGAACGUUAACUUCCUCAAAGCUGGUGAUUUUGAUGCACAAUCUUAAAAUAAUAUUAGACAAGCUGAUUACAUACAUUGCAUUAAUCACUUCUAGACUGUGAGUUCAUGUCCUAUCCAAAGUGCAUAAUGGUUACACACUUCAUAUACCUUGAAUUUAUAAAUACCAAAAAUGCCAAAAAAAAACAAAACAAAACAAUAACAACACAUAGAAGGAGAAAGGAUGUUAGAAUUUAGGACAUGUGCCUUCAAUUAUGUUGAACAACAAAGUAAGGUGAGCACCACGAAGGUGCCGCUUAAUAUAGAUUUCAUGCAAAUGGUCACGCUUCAGGAUUUCAUCCUCAGACUCAAAUAUUACAAGCACCUUUUACACUUUCACAUGAACUUGUAGAAAUACAGUACACAGGGUGCAAAGAANUUUGCGAUAAAUACCUGAUGGGUCUUACAGCUGUAUGCCUUUGUUUUUUAAAUUCCCAUAAUUGACCACUCAGUCAACACAUAUAUUGAAUAAAAGCAUUUUUGUUGUUAUCAUAAUUAAGGGUAAUAGGUGUACUGAUGCAGCCAUAACAUAAGCAGCAAUGGUUCAUUGACUUUUGGGCAUGCAUGUGAACUUUCCACACAAAUAUUUAAAAAAAAUUCCUUUCCAAUACCAUAUUACAAUGCUGUCGGUAAUUGACCACUGUUUCACUGUAUGUCACUUACCUAUGUUUUGACUUUAAUAAUAUUCUGUUUCUGAAUGUUGCUAUUUGUGUUUAGAUGUACUAGUUUCUUAUAGAGGACACACUGAUUAUGUAAUCACAAUUCUAGACUACAUAUCCUUUAUUCCCGCCAAAUAGUCAAGCAAGCAGAAUAUGCCAAUGCAUGUAAAAUCCCAGCUCACAUGGAACGUUAACUUCCUCAAAGCUGGUGAUUUUGAUGCACAAUCUUAAAAUAAUAUUAGACAAGCUGAUUACAUACAUUGCAUUAAUCACUUCUAGACUGUGAGUUCAUGUCCUAUCCAAAGUGCAUAAUGGUUACACACUUCAUAUACCUUGAAUUUAUAAAUACCAAAAAUGCCAAAAAAAAACAAAACAAAACAAUAAGAACACAUAGAAGGAGAAAGGAUGUUAGAAUUUAGGACAUGUGCCUUCAAUUAUGUUGAACAACAAAGUAAGGUGAGCACCACGAAGGUGCCGCUUAAUAUAGAUUUCAUGCAAAUGGUCACGCUUCAGGAUUUCAUCCUCAGACUCAAAUAUUACAAGCACCUUUUACACUUUCACAUGAACUUGUAGAAAUACAGUACACAGGGUGCAAAGAAAGUCAGUUUUACAGCCUGUCAUUUGGGCAAGCUGUAGCUAGCUUCUACUAGCCCACGAGUCAUUUCAACUAGCCACAAAAACCUUUUUUGAUUAGCAGAAUAUAUUGAUUACAAUCCUUCUGUAAUUUCAAUUUCCCCAAAAAAUUCACUUGCCUGUCGGGCAAGUUAAGAACAGAAUUCACUAGCCCGAAACCAAAAUCCAUUAGCCCUGGGCUAUAGGACAUGACUUUCUUUUCACGCUGAGUCUUUCUUUUCACGCUGAGUACAUCACCCUAGGUGGCAAUUUUCACACACACUUAUGCUUGCUCCACUAUUCACUAUUUUAACAUAAUCCAAAACACUCCAUUCUGAAAAUCACAGGAUUUGUUUGUGUUUACAUAUUAAUGUGAAAAUAAUAAUUAUUAUCAUAUGUCCAUCAUAUGAGGUAACCUAAGCUAGCUUGUUGUGACACACAGCUAACUACUAAACUACACGGCAUACUGUACACAUUUUAACAUCAAAUGUCAUGGAUGUGAGCUCGGGUACAACACUCUGUAGAUUGUUCCUGGGAUUUCUUUGUUGCUUGUAUUUCUCUGCUACAUUUGCUAAGAGUUCAGAAGGUUUUACUUUCCAAUCUUAUUUUAUACAAAUCUCAUUUUUACUCCUUUAAUAGUGUUUAAGGGCACCCAACGAGAAUAUAUUUCAAAACCUCUUAAACAUAGCAUUGCUAAACAUAUUUUUUUCAUCUGUUCGGAUUUCCUAGCUGAAAGUCUAGUGAUCCAAAAAUUAUAGGGAUCAAAACUUACUUUUCGAAAAUUUCAACCAGAAAAAAGGCUCCCGAUAAUUCUAGGUGACCUUUUUAGGGUAAUAAUCCGUUAAACAAGGGCAAUUAUACCAUUAUUUAGAUGUUCGAAAAUCCUAGGGGAGGCAGGCAAGCAGGAAAUUUUACAACAAAUGUUCCGAAAAUUGUAGAUUUCAAAUCGUCAUCCGAACAGAUAUUUUCCGAAAAUUGACAAUGGGUGUCCCUGACUGUUACUGAAAUACAUGUACUUAUUGUUAUUUACUCAAGUACUUGAGUUUUUUGGCGGCACAACUCAGUAUACAUACAUGUAUUUCGGGCAUGUUAUUAAAUUUAUCCUGUAAGAGGUCUGAUCUCCUAACAAUCCUGUAUUGUCACAUGGAAAUGCUGAAUUAUAGUCAGCUCUAUAACACUCGUGAAUAGAUCUGUUGGGUAAAUAAGCAAUAGUUGGUUACAGCUGCAGUACAAAUUACUCAUUAUAUUUCAUAGGUUUUCAGUUCAACUGAGUUGUAUGUAGUUUGCAGAUUGUAGAGAUCAAAACAAAUUAUACAAAGAUUUGAAUGUCACUAGCACAGAGCACCAACCGACUGUGUUGUGCAACAUAUCUGUUCACAGGAGCAAAUAUUGCCUAGAGAUUUCUAUAGCUAGCAGGUAGCUUAAAAUAUCUAGAUGACCAUUCCGUUCAUGAACGAUUUUUGAAGCUGAUCUUAUAAAUUUCCUACCAUUUUUUGAACUUCACGUUUCCCUUCCCAUGGAGCUAUAAUUUGUAGAAAAAGGAAACUAAAAUUUUCGGAUUUCGAUAAUGUGAUGGGGAGAGUAAUCAGAAAAAUUCUCACCGCCAUAAAGCUUUAGAUUGUACAUCCUUCUUAAAAUUUCAAGAAAAUGUUCCUGAAGCCCUUGUAAUUUUGAAAAGGCUCAAGUUGCCGUAGGAUGACCAAACAGAUACUUAUAGUGUGGCUUAGAAGGCAUUUUUAGAAAUCUAAAAUUACUUUGGAUAGCCUAAAAUUGGUUGUACGAAACCAUCAUUGGAUACCCCUGAAAUAGCCCUCCUACAUCCUGCUGAUGAAAAUGCCAACGAUUUUUUUAUUGAUUCUUUGUCUCCACAGCUCCAACAGCCACUCUUACAUCGGCGACAAAUGCCGGUGUUGAAAGAAACACCGCACAGUUCGUAUGUAAAGUAACUGGAACACCCACACCUAACAUUACAUGGUACAAGGAUAGCAAGCGUCUUGGCGACAGAAGACACUAUUUUUAUGUCAAGUAUCCAAUCUCGAAUGGGAAGGGUGAACUAUUGCGUUUUCUAACUCUCCGGUCUUCAAGGCAUCAAGGAAAUUACUCCUGCAGGGCCACAAAUGCGAUAGGCUCUUCGACUUCAAAACAAGCUUUUUUACAAGUUUAUAGAAGAAGAGGAGGUAAGUCAAGUGGAAGUGGAUUUUAAUUCAAAUAAUUAUAAAAGUAACUAUGGAAAAUAGUUGUUUAUUAGUUACGUUCACGCGAAGUUCGUUUUGUGCUGUACAUCCCUCAAAGAAAAGUAUGCCGAGCCUAUUCCUUCAAGUUCAGAAUUUUUUUUGUUUUUAAGUUAAACAGUUCGUCAAAAACAGUUGACUGGUCCAUGGACUGGUGUCAAUGUUUUGUUGACCUGUGAUCAGGCGUUUGCGAAGAGAGAGACAUAAAAAAGAAUCGACGCUAAAUGUUCUGUAUUCCACUGGAAAAAAAUCCCACUGGAUUUUAGGCAUUUUCAUGCAAGUGUAAAAAAUGUUUUUGUACUGUGAGCACUUACCUGUUAUUUUAAAAUUGCCUAGUCUUCAAGAAAGAUCAAGCAAAUGUGGCCUGAAAACUUCCUUGGCCAAGAGUUCGUUUUCGUUGUUCUAUGAAAAUGGCAGUUUCUUGAAAUACCGCUGAUCGUUUUCUUGUGGCGUUCGUGCGCUGAGCACACACAAGCAAUUUAGGAGACCACGUAUUAAAAAUAAAGAGCAAUUGCCGAUUUACAAGCCACUGCGAAGAAUUUUAACUUUUGGUCGGUUCCGACAAAUAAACUGUAGAUACUACUUGUUUAUUUCUAAUCUGUAACAGUUACCUUUUUAAUCUAAUCCAAUAGCAACCAAAGAAUUCACUUCUUUUACAGACAUUAUUUUUUCGCAUUGUUUGUCGUUUAUAUCUCCAUUCUCUGUUUCGUCACUUUUCCACAGACGGUAUGUAAGUUGCUUUCUGCAGGUUCAUUGUAGCUAUAGUGGUCUUAAAACUGCCUCAACUUGAUUUUUUCUUUCCUUGCUUGCAUUUCUCAGACUUUUGGAUUUUCUUAAUGUUUUUUUCUAUCUGCUUAAGUUUACGUUAUAAGCGGAUUUUUAUUUGAUGAUAUAUGAUACAGAAAAACUUUUUCUCGACCAUUCUAGGGAGUAAGUGUUUUACCUGUUGCAUGUUGCCUCCUUACGUGUCGAAUGAUGGGAAAAAAACGCCAGGUUUUUGUUAAAACCAUCACACGUUUUAGUCCAUUUUAAGAUAAGAUGAGCGCCCGAUUAAAUGAUGCUAUCUGAAGCCUGCUUUCUCCUAUUUUUUCAAAAACAAACAGUUUUGUUUUAGCUGUUUGCUUUUCCAGCCUACCAAGUUGGUAUCAAUUUAAGUACACAUCCAGAGUUCAAAAUAAUAAUACUAAAAAAACGAGAAAGAGAAACGAACGAACUAACCAAUAAAAUGAAAUUAUACAACUCUACAUGCGGCUUGCUGCUCGUUUCGAUGCGUGAGGUGUUGCUUGUUAUCAGAUCGAAGAAAGUUACAUUAAAUACAGGAUCAAUUUCCUCAAACACAAUUCACCGUGUGCCUAACAGGAAACUGAUAAGUGCAGUCUUGUUUAAAGUUUGUUUGGUUUUAGUACAAAUAUUUGUGAAGACUGCACCGAUUGUUCCAUUGUUUCUGCUGUGGAGUGUUUUCGACCCCUAAAGAUUAAAGGUUAUUUUAGCGAUACUGCAAAGUAAGCAAAGAAGACAGUUCUUAGACUUUGCAUUUCAUUAAUUGUUUGUCAUAGUAAGAGAGAUGUGAUUUUUAAUGAGUGGUGGGCAUAGUAAAAUCAACAGAAAUGCACGCACCUUCGUAAGUGCAAGACCAGCUUAGGAGGCAUAAGUUCACCCCUUUAUUUAACCCUUUACGCUAAUAUGAAAAUUAGAGAAAGACGUCUUCAAUUUCCUGUUAUAAAAACGAACAGCAAAGUGCAAACGUACUGCUCGAGGGGUUUUGUUUGAAUGGUAGCACCAUAGGACUUCAUCCACAGAAUCAAAACUUGCAAAAAUAAUUUUUCCCUCCACGCUGAAAUUUAGUUACACAGCUUAGAGGAGGUGUUUUUUUUCCAGACGUAGUUUUUAAAGUGAAGUCGUUCGCGUUGCUGACAUUCGCGUAUCCGUUGUCUUACUUGCGUUCCCGUCUCGGGUAAACUUCAGUGGAAGUGUUCUUUAUGACAUUUUCUGAGUGCGUUAUUGCUAAAUUUCUUUUCAUCCAGUAUUUAUUUUGUUUCUUAGCCACCAUGGACCACACUUUUCUCUUAAUCUUUUGAGCCUCAUUUCAGACAAAUAUUGUUUGCAGAAAGUCCACCUCCCAAGAGAUAAGCUUCACUGUAUUGUGAAACUCUUACAAAUUCUGCUCUGUGAUUUGUUUUACCCCUUCUGGCAUGACACAUCCACAUUAAAAACUUACUAUAAGAAAAUCUGUCAUUAGAAUUUUCGAGUCUGUGGAUUAAUUACAAUAGCUUCUCUCGUGAAACUUCUUCCGGCAGAACUUGCGGCUAUCUAUUUCCAGCUCAGGGGCACCCAACGAGAAUAAGGUUCAAAACAACUUAAACAUAGGAUUGUUAAACGUAUUUUAGUACUUAAACGAUAGAUAUAGGCAUAUUUUUAUCCCCUAAAAAUGUUUCAUCUGUUUGGAUUUCCUAGCUGAAAGGCUUGUGAUCCGAAAAUCAUAGGGAUCAAAACUUACCUUUUCGAAAUUUUCACCCAGAAAAAAGGCUAUCGAAAAUUCUAGGUGACCUUUUCAGGGUAAAAAUCCAUUAAAAAGGGCAGUUAUACCAGGAUUUAGAUGUUCGAAAAUCCUAGGAGAGGCAAGCAAAUUGCAAGCAAGAAAUUUUACAACAAAUGUUCCGAAAAUUCUAGAUCUCAAAUCGUCUUCCGAACAGAUAUUUUCCGAAAAUUGACGUUGGGUGCCCCUGCCAGCUGGGAUACAUGUAUAACAAAAAGCACUUUUUAUGGAAUGUUUUGAUAUCAAAUAUUGGAUUCGUUUGCCUCGUUUUUUGCUGUCUUUGAGCAAAAAAACGAUAAAAAAAAUUCCAGCGGAUAAAUGCGACAAUCAGUGCUGUAAAUGAAUACACCCAAAACACUCUAAGGCUCUCCGGGGUACUCUGGCGGUGGGGCGAAAAAUGGGGAGUGCCAUAGCGCCCUAGAGAGCUUGAAAGCUGCUGCAUUUGAUUAAACGCAGUUCAAUUUGUAAUUAUAAAGAAUCCAAAAAGCCUUGUUCUCAUUAUUAUCUCAUUCCGUUAGCACCCUGGUGCGUUUGUUCACAGAUAUGCGCGCAUAACACGUGCUUCACGUGCUAUCAGCACAUGCUUCACCUGCUAUCCACCAGGCAGCACAUGCUUUGCAUCAGGCGUUGCUUCAGCUUGUAAUAAACGUGCUGUGGCAUCGAUUGAUGCACCUGCUGCACGUGCCGUGAUGUAAAAGAAAUGUAGCUUGUGCCAGGCUCUAAGAUACAACAACAACCUCACAUACAUAUUUGUAAGAUAGUGCUGACCAAUGUGCUGACCCGUAAAGUAGCACAGAUAGAAAAUUUAUAUUAUUUACAUAAAUAUAUACUAAAGUUAACAGAGGGUUGAAAACGAAAAAAAACUAAGAAAAAAAUAUGAUUUUAUGAGAAACGAAAUAGAUAUAACGCAGAGUUCAAAGCUGUUUAAAUCUAGCGGUAAUAGUAAGCGUGUCAACAUAACCAUCCUCAAACAAUAGAAUAUCUAAAAGUUGUCGAUGAAGUGCCCCCUUAACUUUAUGUUUUGAUAAUGAAAGAAUAUUAAAAGCAAUAAAAUUCUACGCCUUACAAGCAAGAGAAAAUAGGACGCGCGCAAUCUGGAAAAGCGGGCUUGGGUUUCGCGAGCAGUAACUUCACAUAGAAAAAGAAGAGACUGCUCGCAGUCUAUAGAUAGGAGAGCGAUUGGAACGCGCGAGUCGCGCGCCGGAAUCAUCUUUCGUGAGGGGACGCCUCGGGGAAGGGGGAGGUGGGCAAUAUACCGCGCGCUCGUGUUUUCUUUGUGGAGGUUUCUACCUACGAUGUGAAGCUAACAUUACAACAUCAUAUGAAAAUUAACAGCUACACUAUACUUUACCUCGUAAAUAGUACUGCGUACCCUUUGGGGGUAGCGGAAAAGGUGAGCCGCGCACGGGACGGCCGAGCAUAAGAUACAUUUUUCACGAUUUUUGGUUGUGAAUCUAUUACCGUUCAGAAUUCGUCCAAGGUUAACAUUUUGAUCUUUUUUUUGCAGCGUCCUCAAAUGUGCCGGAAGGAUUUCCAAAAGUAAAACGACAUCCAUCUCGUCAAGUAAAAUAUGUUGGAGGGACGGCGGUGUUCAAUUGUACUGCGGAAGGUGAUCCUGAACCUGCUAUUACUUGGUUACGGGGAUAUGUCCCUCUGAAUUCCUCAGAUCCUAGAUACACAUCACCAAGUAAUGGAGUACUGGAGAUAAGUGAUCUUAAGUUGGAGGACACGGGGAAAAUCCAGUGUAUAGCUACAAACAGACUAGGAUGGUACUACUCUCGGAAGACCGAUCUAGUUGUCGAAGGUUUGUGUCGAUUCAUUAGGGUGGUUUAG